AUGACAACUCAAGUCGACCCCGAGGCUCUUGCGCGAAGUACUGAGCAAACGCCGCUGCUGGCGGACCAGCCAUCGCCGGAGAUAAAUGAAGCCGAUAAUGAGCCGGAAGCCCAGCCGACUCCGGAGAAAAGGCCGAGGAGCUGGUAUGCCUGGAGGAUAUUCUGGGCCGUGCUUGCGAUAGUGGUAUUGGCGGUUUUUAUCAAGGGCUGGAUUGAUGCAGAUGAGACUGAGUUUGAUCUUAAGAAGGCCCUCAGACGGGCUCUUGGAGGAGGACUCAGUGGCGCGGCAGCCAUGGUGUUACAAGUCUUACUACUAAUGUAUCGCCACGGCACGUCCUUCACUGUUGCCACGCGUACUCUUUACACUGAGGGCGGAAUUCGCAGAUACUACCAAGGAAUUGCACCUGCGUUAUUCCAAGGCCCAAUCGCGCGAUUCGGAGAUACAGCUGCCAACGCUGGUAUUCUCGCCUUGCUCCAGUCAAACCCUUACCUCAAGAAUCUGCCAUCGCCAAUCAAGACCAUAUUUGCAUCUCUCUGUGCCGCUGCGUUCCGCAUGAUCCUCACUCCCAUUGACACCUUGAAGACAACCCUUCAAGCUCAGGGCGCCCGUGGAACAGCCCUUCUGAGACGCCGUAUAAAGUCCAACGGAAUUGGUAGCUUGUGGUGGGGAGCUUUUGCUACCGCUGCUGCUACCUUCGUCGGUCAUUAUCCUUGGUUCGCAACAUACAACUACUUAUCCGAGGUUAUUACUGAGCCCCCAAGACAUCCUCUCUUCUGGUGGUUGCUCCGUCUCGCUUUCAUCGGCUUCUGCGCCUCUAUCGUUUCCGAUUCCAUAUCGAACUCAUUGAGAGUUGUCAAGACCUAUCGACAGGUCAACGACACCAAGGUUUCAUAUGCCGAGGCUGCACGUGCUGUGGUCAUCCAAGAUGGGGUUAUUGGCCUCCUUGGACGUGGACUCAAGACGCGCAUUCUGGCCAACGGCCUACAGGGCAUUCUGUUCUCUAUUCUCUGGAAAUUGUUCCUCGACCUGUGGGAGAAGAAGACCUAA